AUGAUGCGCCGCACGACACUCCCGCAGUCAAUAUGCACCCGUUGCUCAAUCCAAUGGCGAUCGCUUUCCACUCAGCAACCCCGAGCUCCGCCAUCUCCCCCGCAAGCCGGAUAUGCUCGCCUCACGAACAGAGGGUUAAUCUCCAUCACGGGCGUCGAUAGUACGACGUUUCUACAGGGUCUAGUCACACAGAAUAUGUUCAUUGCGAAUGAUCCAAACCGCAGGGUACGACACACAGGAACAUACGCUGCCUUUCUCAACUCUCACGGCCGAAUUCUAAACGACGCUUUUGUUUACCCGCUGCCCCCGACGGAGGCAGCUUCACCGGAUGAACCGGCAUGGCUGGUGGAAGUGGAUAAGGACGCUGUACCGAAGCUCUUGAAGCACCUGAAGAAACAUAAGCUGCGGGCCAAGUUAAAACUGCGCGCUCUGGAUGAGGGCGAGCGAACGGUCUGGGCGUCUUGGAAGGAUCAUAGUGAGCCGCGCUGGGCGGCGUAUAAUCUGGAGUCACCUACGUCCUCACCGUUUCCAUCAGAGGCCUCGAUUGUUGGAUGUGUGGAUACUCGGGCACCUGGGUUCGGAUCCCGUUUAAUCAUCCCCGGUGCGGAGGACCUGCGAGCGCACUUCCCUGAUGAGACGCAGGUUGCGGGCUCGGAGGUCGGUUUAGAUGGGUAUACCGUCCGUCGGAUUCUUCAUGGUGUUGCGGAAGGCCAGGCCGAAGUUGUGGGCGAGUCGGCGCUGCCACUGGAGUACAAUAUGGAUAUGAUGAAGGGCGUUGAUUUCCGCAAGGGCUGCUAUGUCGGUCAAGAACUCACAAUCCGGACACACCAUAGAGGUGUUGUGCGGAAGCGAGUUCUACCCGUCCAGCUGUACGAAGGUGAUAUAAGCACUGAUUUAUCUUCGGAUGUGCCCGUUUAUGAUCCCUCCGUCGAGCUUUCUCUGCCUCCUUCAGGAUCGAAUAUCUCCAAGAUCGGACCGCGUAAGGGCCGCAGUGCAGGGAAGUUCUUAGGAGGUAUUGGCAAUAUCGGACUUGCGCUGUGUCGCUUGGAGAUGAUGACUGAUAUCGCACUUACUGGCGAGGCCACUCAAUUCAGCCCUGACCAGGAGUUUAAGAUUUCCUGGGAUGGUUCGGAAACACCAGAUGCCCCGGAAAGCGGAGAGGUGAAGAUUAAGCCGAUUGUGCCAUCAUGGACGAGGGAUUUUAUCGAGGCUGGCGGUGCUAAAGCCAACGACACUAAUCGCGAAGGCCACCGCGCGAAAGAUUAUGUAGACCAAUUGGAGGAAGAAGGGGCUCAACGAUGA